CAGAAAAGCCCAUGCUUUUCUUGGAUUUGAGAAUAAUAUUAAUAGCUUCGCGUUUGGGUUUCGUUCCGCUUCUCUGUUUUCGCUUUCCCUCUCUCCCCCCACUCUCUUUCUCUCUCUUCGUGGAUCAAGCUCCAAUUAGGGUUUCCUGUGAUCGAUUCCAUCGACACGUCUCAUUCACAGUGAUUCACCGAACUGUCUGAUAUUUGCCCAUGAAAUUUUGAGGUCGUUACAAACGGUUAGAACUGCUUUAUGAGAAUCAAGGAUGUGGUUCAAGCAUUCUAGUUGUAGGAAGCAGGGUGGAGUUGUUGUAUUUAGUAGCAUAUUUCACAAGCACUGGACUCAUUUUUGCUCAAUAAGUGAAAUCAAGUAGGCAGUGAGUUGGAUCUGGAAAGGAAUGUAAGCAUUAUGAUCAUAUCUUUGAAUUGCGGGCGUGAUGGAUGAUGUUUGUUUUGUUACUUAUCCCAGUUAAGUAGGCUUGUAAUUUGUGGUGAUUUAGCAGUUUAUUGCUUAGUCUUGUGUAUAGAACAAAAGAGAGGUACGAUGGAUGAUCUUGGAGAAUUUGAGAUAUUUUUUCCAAGUUGGAACAACAAGAACCCGAGUGAUCGACUUUUUAUUAUCUCUUGCUUUAUUGCUGCCCUUGUUGGGAUUUUAACUAUAGCCUACACGGCUUUCCAAUGGAGGAGAAACAUCAAUCUGAGUUGGAUGAAAGCCAUAACCAGGUCGAAGGUAAACCCGAAAGCCAAAAACAAAGUUCCUCUAUCUUCUCAUACUUGGACUAUGGACUCUGUAUCUCGUGGAAAGAACUUAAACUGCUGUGUGUGUUUGAAAUUGGUCAACCCUUCUCAAACUCUUGGUCCUAUAGCGGGCUCGGAUAGUUUUAUUCACCUUUGUAGCAUUUGCGGUGCAGCAGCUCAUCUAAAUUGCUCUUCUAAAGCACACAAGGAUUGCAAGUGCGUCUCUAUGACUGGCUUUGAACAUGUGAUGCAUCAGUGGGCUGUCAGAUGGACUGAGGUUCUGGAUCAACCUGAAGAAACUUCUUUCUGUAGCUAUUGUGAAGAGCAGUGUAGUGGAUCUUUUCUUGGUGGAUCUCCUAUAUGGUGUUGCUUGUGGUGUCAACGACUUGUUCAUGUUGAUUGCCACAGUAGUUUGUCUAAUGAAUCAGGUGAUAUAUGUGAUUUAGGCCCAUAUAGAAGGUUGAUUCUGCCUCCACUUUAUGUUAAGGAACUCAGCCGGCCUUCGGCAGGUGGAUUUUUGAGCUCAAUUACACAUGGAGCAAAUGAGAUAGCGUCUUCUGUGCGUGCUAGUAUUAGGAGCCAGAGCAAGAAGUACAAGCAUGAAAAUGAAGCCUCUGUUGACUCGGGAAAUAGUGCUAGUACUGUGGAUAUGUCCACAGAAAGCACUGCUGACACUCACCAAGCUGUUAAUGGUACUCAUGUAGAUGGAAAUUGUAAUGGUAGCACAAGCGUAGAUGCUCAUCACAAGGAUGAUAAUGUAGAUAAGAAACUGGAUUCCAAGCCCAGUUUUAAAAGAACCUCAUCGAUUGGUAGGAAGGAUGAGUCUCUGAGGCAGAAACAAAGAUAUGAGUUGACUGAUUUGCCGUCAGAUGCAAGGCCCUUGUUAGUUUUCAUAAAUAAAAAGAGUGGAGCUCAACGCGGGAAUUUGUUGAGGCUGCGACUGAAUAUUCUUCUAAAUCCGGCUCAGAUAUGUGAGUUAAGCUCAACACAAGGACCGGAGAUGGGUUUCUAUUUAUUCAGAAAGGUGCCUCAUUUCAGAGUUUUUGUUUGUGGUGGAGAUGGCACUGUUGGUUGGGUUCUUGAUGCCAUAGAUAAGCAAAAUUUUGUCUCUCCUCCUCCUGUAGCCAUUCUUCCUGCUGGAACAGGAAACGAUCUGGCCAGGGUUCUGUCCUGGGGAGGUGGUUUGGGCUCUGUGGAGAGACAAGGAGGCCUCUGCACGGUGUUGCAUGACAUAGAGCAUGCUGCGGUGACAAUCCUUGACCGGUGGAAAGUAGCAAUUUUAAAUCAACAAGGAAAACAGCUUCAACCUCCUAAAUUCAUGAACAACUAUCUUGGAAUUGGAUGUGAUGCAAAGGUUGCUCUUGAUAUUCAUAACCUACGAGAGGAGAAUCCAGAAAAGUUCUACAACCAGUUUAUGAAUAAAGUUCUUUAUGCGAGAGAAGGUGCUAAGAAUAUCAUGGAUAGAACAUUUGAAGAUUUCCCUUGGCAAGUGCGAGUUGAAGUUGAUGGUGUUGAGAUAGAGGUGCCUGAGGAUGCAGAAGGGGUACUAGUUGCAAACAUCGGAAGCUAUAUGGGUGGUGUAGACUUGUGGCAAAAUGAGGAUGACAGUUAUGAUGAUUUUGAUCCACAAUCCAUGCAUGAUAAAAUACUUGAGGUCGUGAGCAUAUCUGGGACUUGGCACCUUGGGAAGCUUCAGGUAGGCCUAUCUCGUGCUCGGAGGCUCGCGCAGGGUCAAUCAAUCAAGAUACAGCUUUUUGCUGCAUUCCCUGUUCAAAUUGAUGGUGAACCCUGGUUUCAACAACAAUGCACAUUAGCCAUUUCUCAUCAUGGCCAGGCUUUCAUGUUGAAGAGGGCCUCUGAGGAGCCACUUGGUCAUGCAGCUGCCAUAAUCACGGGUGAUGCCGAGACCAACCAUGUUAUCAAUGCUUCGCAGAAGCGGGCUCUUCUUCAAGAAAUGGCUCUCAGGUUAUCCUAGAAAUUUUUUUUACAGCAAUAGGGGUGUUUUCCGUUGUAGUGUCUUCCUUCAAAAUAUUUUCUUUUUUGUUCCUCUUUUUUUUUUUUUUUUUUUUUUUUUUUUUUUUUU